CUCCGGUAGCGGAACCAUUCUUUUGCCGUUCUCUGUUUCCUUCAGGGCUUUAAUGUUACGCACACUCGUGAGAAACAGUGCUGUCCACACGUGAAGCUAGUGGAUGUUGUGAAAACUUCUGUUACUGUAUUUAUUUUUCUAAUCCCCGUUCUGUAUUCGUUUACAAUGGUAGAAAUAGUUGAGGAUCCCCAGAUGGGGUUUGAGUCCGAGGAAGACGACGACGAAUUAUCCGACGGCGAGCUGCAAGAAGCCUUCGCCAAGGGUUUGCUCAAACCUGGACUGAAUGUUCCUCAGCUCGAGCCAACGAAGGCCGUCAACAAUGUGGAGGGUCUUAAGAAAUGUCUCGCUGAGUUUAAGAAGAACCUGCCGUGGGCUGAAAGGCUGGACCUCACUAAUUAUCCAGCUGCUGAUAUUGUUGCGAAGGCGGAGGGCAGAGCGCAGCAGCCUGAAGGAGAAGACGUCAGUGCAGAGGAUGACUUUCAGAGGGAGAUGUACUUUUACCGGCAGGCCCAAGCAACUGUUUUAGCAGCGCUGCCAAAGCUGCACAAGUUCAAGAUUCCUACCAAGAGACCCGAGGAUUACUUUGCAGAGAUGGCCAAGACUGAUCAGCACAUGCAGAAGAUUAGGAAGAAGCUUCUUCUGAAGCAAGCUGCAAUGGAGAAGUCAGAAAAGGCCAAGAAGCUCAGAGAACAGAGGAAAUAUGGCAAAAAGGUUCAAACACAGGUCAUUCAGAACAGGCAGAAACAGAAGAAAGCAAUGCUGUCAGCUGUAAAGAAGUAUCAGAAAGGAAUGACAGAUAAAUUGGACUUCUUGGAAGGAGAUCAAGAUCAGAGACCGAAAGGAUCAGCAGCAAAAAAGCAAAUAAACAAAAAAGGUCCAAAUUCUAAGAAGAAAUACAAGGAUAAGAAGUUUGGCUUUGGGGGAAAGAAGAAGGGCAGCAAAUGGAACACCAAAGACAGCCAUGACGACGUUUCAGGAUUCAAGGCCAAAAUGGCUCAUGGGAAAGGUGGCAAACAUUUCGGCAAAGGAGGCAAGACGAAUAAACGGCCAGGGAAAGAGACACGGAGGAAAAUGAAGGCACGUAAAUGAGCUGUAUCUUCCCAUUUGUACCUCUCACUCAAAUUAAUUGUGCCAUUAAAAAGACUUUUUUAAAUCUCUAUUUCCUA